CUAGGGGAAGUGACGCCAGAAGCGAAUGACAGUUUUCACAGUGGAGGAAAAAAUCCGACUGUGAAGUGAAGCUGUGUACGAUUAGGUGUUGAAUCUAUCAGUAAAAUCCGUCUCCAUCCUUUUGUUUUUGGGCAAUAAUGAGCCCCAAAAUACGGAGAACAUAAACUACGCGUUUUACACUAUCGAACACUAUCGAUAUUUUAGGUAUUUGUUCCUCAGAAAGGUAAAAAAGGGAUGGUGAAAUUUGCAUUGUUAAAGAAGGAACUGGGAUUCUGGGGGGGCGGGGGAAUGUGAAUUAAGGGGGUUGUAAUCAGUUAAGGAAGGCGGAAUCUGCCGAGGUAACGUAAACAAAAGGUUCAAAACUGAACAUUAAGGAUACCCAACAUUAAACUAGCAAAGUAUAAACGAAGCAACAGACGUAGCUGACGUUUGCUAACAGCGAAAUGGAGCUGAGAGUGGGUAACCGAUACAGACUGGGCAGAAAAAUCGGAAGUGGGUCUUUCGGGGAUAUCUAUUUAGGUACAGAUAUUUCAGUGGGUGAAGAGGUGGCGAUUAAGUUGGAAUGUGUAAAGACCAAACACCCCCAGCUCCACAUCGAGAGCAAGAUCUACAAGAUGAUGCAAGGAGGAGUUGGCAUUCCAACAAUAAAGUGGUGCGGAGCAGAAGGGGACUACAAUGUGAUGGUGAUGGAGCUGCUGGGGCCCAGCCUGGAGGAUCUCUUUAACUUUUGCUCCCGCAAGUUCAGCCUCAAGACAGUCCUGCUGCUCGCUGAUCAAAUGAUCAGUCGCAUUGAGUACAUUCACUCCAAGAACUUCAUCCACAGAGAUGUGAAGCCUGAUAACUUCCUGAUGGGACUGGGCAAAAAGGGCAACCUGGUCUACAUUAUCGACUUUGGCCUGGCUAAAAAAUAUCGUGACGCUCGCACACACCAGCACAUCCCCUACCGAGAGAACAAGAACCUGACUGGCACUGCACGCUACGCCUCAAUCAACACACAUCUGGGGAUUGAGCAGUCAAGGCGCGAUGACCUGGAGUCCUUGGGCUAUGUUCUCAUGUAUUUUAACCUGGGCUCAUUGCCUUGGCAAGGCCUCAAGGCUGCUACCAAGAGGCAGAAGUAUGAACGGAUCAGUGAGAAGAAAAUGUCCACCCCCAUUGAGGUGCUUUGCAAGGGAUACCCCUCUGAGUUUGCGACCUACCUGAAUUUUUGUCGCUCCCUGCGCUUUGAUGACAAGCCGGACUACUCGUACCUACGGCAGCUCUUCAGGAACCUGUUCCACAGACAGGGCUUCUCUUAUGACUAUGUAUUUGACUGGAACAUGCUCAAGUUUGGUGCCAACCGUGCAGCAGAGGAAGCAGAAAGAGAGCGCCGGGACCGCGAGGACAGGCUGAGGCACGGCAGGACCCCAGGGGCCAGAGGGAUACCUGCUGCAUCAGGACGCCCACGAGGAACCCAAGAAGGAGCCCCACCCACCCCGCUGACACCCACCUCACACACAGCGAACACGUCCCCUCGACAAGUGUCUGGUAUGGAGCGUGAACGAAAGGUCAGCAUGCGACUGCACCGCGGUGCUCCUGUCAAUGUGUCAUCCUCAGAUCUAACAGGACGGCAGGACACGUCCCGCAUGUCCACCUCACAGAAUAGUAUUCCCUACGAGCAUCACACCAAGUAGAGGCUCGCCACGUCCUUGUGUGACGGCGGCAACACUGGAUGGUGUCUGCUGUACCGACUGCUGGUCUCCAUCUUCUAACGCCUCGAUGAGUCCCCACAACGCACCCUGGCAGACCAAGCCCUGUUCACUAAGAAGCAAUCUGACAUACUUAUACUACUAUUCAUUACUUCUACAGCUACCAUUGGAAGCCAGCUUCUGAUUCAGCACAGACUGCUUUCUGACUGACUGCUCGCCGUACAGUUGUCUCAUUCAGACUCUUGUACUCGCUCUCUUCCCGUUUCUGUGUGUUGGUCUGACCUCUCAGAACAUUUAACAGUGGCCAGACCUCAGGACUGUUCUGUGUACUUUUUCAGGAGACAUUCUCCCCCCCAAAAAAAAUACACAACUACAUUUUGAAUGGACAGUGCUUUGUCUUGGGCAGACAUGGCAGCCGGUCUUUAGCCGACACUGACUGAUGAAACAAAAGUUAAGGCUCGUGUGUGUGUGUGUGUGUGUGUGUGUGUGUGUGUGUGUGUGUGUGUGUGUGUGUGUGUGUGUGUGUGUGUGUGUGUGUGUGUGUGUGUGUGUGUGUGUGUGUGUGUGUGUGUGUGUGUGUGUGUGUGUGUGUGUGUGUGUGCCAAUCACUUUUUCUGUCUUAAAUGAGCGCCACCACCACUGAUGGAUCUUCUCAGUAACUAUAUAGCCAUUUGUAUUAAAUAAAAAGUACUUAUUUGCAUGUUUAGAGGUGUGGAGGCUCGAGUGCUAGUUGAACCCAUGAACGUACCAAAAACUAUGCUUUGGUAUCUGUGGUGCAGGAGAUUGUCGUAUUCACCCAUGAGUUGGCAAGAUGAUAUAUAUCCUCUCACGUCCAGGCUCUGGUGUACUGUCCAAUGAGCCCUGUUCCCUAUCUCGUGUUUUGUACAAAGAAAGUGCACUUCAUGUAGGGUAAAGGGCAUCAUCUGGCAUAUUUGACCAGAUGUCCAUUCACUGUGUACAGAAACAUUCAAAUUUUUCUUAUUUGUAUCAUUUUCAAAGCUGUGAAUUACUUGUAAUAUUGAUGUGUAAAUGUUUGCUCAUCUGUAUGGAUGGGUCUGAAGAUGACUUCCAGGCUUGGUCCAGGAACCUGCUUGCAAGUUAGAGCUGCCAUAAAUGUAUUUGUCUCCCAUCAGUCUGCCCCUUCAGAAACUAGACGUGCUGUGGGCAGAGAUGUUGCACUGAAUGUGAAAGACGUGUGACAUGUUUGCUGUCACAGCUACGACUCUUAGUAUUAGAGGUUCACCAAAAUGGCAAAUUGCAGUAUUGCCACUUUGUGAAUCCUCCUGAACAGUUAUUGACAUGAUUCUUUGUUGAGAGGAAACCUGGACUUCAUCCUUUCACAGGCUUCUCCAGCAGCAGUGGGUUUUUUAGUUUUUUUAAACUGGACACUUCUGGCUUUGAACAACCCUGCCAUGUCUAUCAUAAUGAAAUGGCCUGCUGUAAUUAAUUCUUGCUGUUGCUCAUUCUCUUAAUUUUGACCCUUGACCUCUUUAGUCAGCAGCUCUACACCUAGUGAAUUAUGUUAGCAACCAGAUCAGCAAUUUACUUUCUCACAUUUAUAUUUGCCACUGUAUUUGUGUACUUAAACUGUAAAUAAAUGAAUUACUUGUA